AUGGCUUCUCAAUCCUCUCCAUCCUACCUGAUAAUUGGCGCGGGCGUCUUCGGCGUGUCAACUGCCUACCAUCUCAUCCAGAAAUACCCCAAUGCCUCAGUGACGCUGGUGGACCGCGAUGCAUACGACGCCGAGUCCCGGGUAGCCGCAUCGUGGGAUUGGAACAAGGUGGUUCGCGCUGACUACGACGACAAAGUCUACUGUCGCAUGGCUCUAGAAGCGCAGGACAUUUUCAAGUCGGAUCCGUUAUGGCAGCCGUAUUUUCACCAGACCGGCGUCUACUGGACAUGCCGCAGCGACUAUGCGCAGAACGUCAUCACCCAUCACAAGGAGCUCGGUCGCAAUGACGACAUCAUUGCCUUGCCAGUCGCUGAGGCGCGCAAGCUAUACGGGGGCCUUUUUGACAAUGCCGACUACACGGGCGUCAAGGAGGUGCUCGUGAACCGGGCUAGUGGAUGGGCCGCCGCGGGGGAUUCCCUUCGAGGGGUCACGAAGCGGUGCCUGGAGCUGGGCGUGAAAUAUGUGACGGCCGACGUUGCUUCUCUGGAAUUCGAUGGUCGUGGCUCUUGCACAGGUGUGAAGACGAGAUCGGGAGCAAUCUUGUCCGCCACGCAUGUCAUCGUCGCUGCGGGUGCGUUCACGCCCACGCUGCUAGAGUGGAGUGCGGCGAAGAGCGGCAAUCCGGGUCUUCGAGCUGAAGAGCGCAUCCUGGCUGCGGGAAUUACUACUGGAAUGGCGCAGCUCGAUGAUGAACAAUAUAAGAAGUUCAAAGACAUGCCUGUUGGCUUCCAGGGAUACACACCUGAGGAGGGCAAGCCAUUCAUUGGCACACUCCCCCCUACCAAGGAUGGAGAGCUUAAGUGGUGGGGCUCCAAGAUCUUCACAAAUACUCGAGAGGUGUCGCCGGGCCGGUCCAUCUCUUCUCCGCCGCCCACACACGAUUAUAAUCAGUGGAAAGUUCCUGGGCCUCUUAAACAGGACAUCAUUGAGUCCAGAAAUCUCUGGUAUGGCCCCGCAAGCGCGGACUGGAAGAUGACGAAACACCGAAUCUGCUGGGACGCUUUUACCACCACCUCUGACUUCAUAAUUUCCCCUCACUCCGCCGCUAAGGGACUCUUUAUCGCAACAUGCGGCUCCUUCCACGGUUACAAAUUCUUCCCAGUGCUAGGGAAGUAUAUCCUGCAAAUGCUCGAGGGUGAGCUGGAGCCUGAAUUGGAAGAGAAGUGGGCGUGGGACCGCCAGCGUCCAGAUUCGUCCCAGAACGUAGAAUACCCAAAUUCUGAGAUGAAGCAUCUCUUGCAGCCUGCGGCGAAGCUGUAA